GCUCAACUACGUUAAAUAAAAACCGCGAGUGCCAGAAUCAGCCCGAACUCUUCUAUUUCUCGGUGAAGUACUUUGAAACAGUGGUUGAAGUUUCCCACUCGUUUCCAAGGAUUAUGGCUGAGUUCGAGAGUAAUGGUCAGGGUAUGGCAGAUUUGGAGAGUAACGAACAGGAAACGAUGGAAGAUGAAGGUCCAGAUGCAGAGUGGGAUGUUGAUGACAGUUUUUACCCGUUUUCCAUCACGGCUAAGAUUCCAAAGGGCUACACUGAACCCCCCAGAGCGCGCUUAGAAGAUGUUGUGAGGAAUUAUGUGCUUCAUUUUCUCCCUGCAAAAUCACUCUAUAGAUUCAGAACUGUUUCCAAAGGAUGGAAUGAAUGGAUAAGCUAUCCAUUUUUUGCCCACAGGCAAACUACUUAUUUCAAAGACAUUUCUGGUCUCUUUUGUCAAGUUCCUGGUCUCAAUCCUUCCUUCAUCUCAUUUAAUCAAGAUGCUUAUGGCAUGCCUGAUCCCUCUUUGAUGUUCUUGCCUGAGCCUGUCAACAUCAGAUCCUCUUGCAACGGUCUCCUUUGUUGUCAAAGUGUUGGGGACAAUGUCUACUACAUUUGCAACCCUGUGACCGAGGAAUGGAAAGUGCUUCCUAAGCCGAACUUGUAUCAUGGAACUGAGGCAGCCAUCGUACUUGUUUUUGAACCGCAGGCACUCAAUUUUAAAGAAUCUUAUGAGCUUGUCUGUGCUGUCACUUUUCCUGAUCAUCCAGUUAUCUAUUUUGAGAUUUACUCAUCAAGGUCAAGCUCCUGGAGACUCUGUGACACGAUAUGCUGUGAACUUGAUAGUUUGGAUUUGCAUAAUGGUGGGUAUUACAUGAAGGGAGUUGUCUAUUGGCAAUCCUCUUCCGGUGGCAUUCUUGCCUUUGAUUUGAAGAAUGAGCAAUAUGGUCUUCUGCCUCUUCCUCUCAGCGUUGGACAAUAUGGUUCUUUAACUGUGAUGCAUGGGGAGUUGUGUUACAUUAUGCCUCGUCGUCAAGAUGAUGGUUGCUCCAUAUACAUUCACGGGAAUAUGGAUAUGAGCCUGAAGUCUGUAAUCAAUCUCACUUGUGAUGAUGUGGGGAGCAUAUUUGGUGUCUGCAGGGCUUUGCCCAGCAUUAAUGACGACAUUCUGAUACUUGCCAAUGGGAGGAAGGUGAUUGCUUAUCAUGUCAGGGAACAUAAGGUGGAACUAAUAUUUACAUCGGCAGGUGAUGCAUGUACCAGGUACCUACCGUAUGUGAACAGCCUUGUAUCAGUGAGGCAUCCGUUGGUUGGAAAAAGGGCUUAAUUGUCUAGACAGUCCCUCACAAAGUGUCUUGUAGAUUUGUCGUCUGUUGGUUAAAAGGUGAGGCUGCUGGGGUACAUGCUUAACCAAGCCUCACCUCUGCUUGUAUCUUACUUUUCCUUUUAAACUAGAUGUUUGUUUUUCUCUGGAAACUGAGAACUUCAGAAGUUUCUAGCUCAUAACUUUUUGUAAGGAACUUCGCUUUCUGAAGCUAGUGAUAUGGAUUGCAAUACAAAUGGUUUCUUCUUCCUUGUGUAAUUUGCUCCAUGAUGGUGUGAAUUCCCCAUUUGUGAUGCAUAAUGAGGCAAUAAAAUGUGAAACAUUCUUGAAUGAUACAAAACUACAAGUAAAUUUAGUUUAUUAUAUAGCCAAUCGUUCCUGCGUUUUUCCAGACUAUUGUAGCUGCCUGUAAUCAUCCAGGUAAAAAUCAGAAAAUGUAGAACUUAAAAUUCAUGUCAGACUACUGAGUAAUCAUAUUACUACACUCAAACUGUUUCAUCGGCAUUAUCUCAUGCUCAUCUCUCCUCUGCUUCUGCCUCACCCUGUUUUCAGACUUAUUCUCAAUACAUUCAACAUUACCUUUCGUUCUCCAAGUUGGUCUGACUCAACAUUACCAU